AUGCAGAUCGGCAAUAAACCGGUGGAAAACCGUGAACCACAAAAUGAUGCGUUUGUUCGAAAUCUGUUGGAUUUGGAAGAGAAGUUGGAUGGCAGUACAAAUUCGGACAUGUCACGAACUCCGUGGACUAGUAUGGGAGACAUGGUCGAUGGGGACGAUGCUGUUCGUCCCCGAAAGUACAUGUCAAACCCUGCAGCCCAAAUGACCACCUUACACACGAACAAACAAAUAUCCCUGGCUGACAUACAGGUCAUCCGCUUCGGUGCUCUGUCGAUCGAUCCUGCUCAUCUGCACAAUCCUCGGCUUGCAUUCCAUCCAACACGCUUCCCAUGCCGGAAGGGUUUGUCAGUGAAGGAGCACGAUGACAUGAUCGAAUGA